AUGAAAUUUCGGAUAUCCAUAUUUUUUGAUAUUUCGGAUUCGGAUAUUGGAUAUUUCAGAUCGGAUUUUCGGAUACGGAUAGUUUUGAACACCGAUAACUUUCAGACCACUUCUCUUCUCAUUGCCGCAGCACCGGUUAUACCUUCUUCAUCAAUGGUAGAUUACCACCGCCACACAUGCACCCUCAUUUUAACCAAAACACUCAUCUACACCUUCCUAACUUCAAUCAUUUUCAGCACAAUAGAUCCCAACGUAUUAAACCAGUUACGAAAAGGGUUGGAUUUGAGCAACAAUAAUUUUUCCCCUCCUCAGCCUAAAUACAAUCCCUCCAUGAAACUUGUUUUAAGUGGGAACCCACUGUUUCAAUCAAAUUCAUCGAAAAUUCCUCCUAAACCCAGUUCACCCUCGGGUUCCCAGCCCAAUAAUAGCAGCCAACUUUCACCCGGGAUUACUCCUAGUACUGGUGAUUCGGGCAUUGGUGGUAUUCCCGCUAUACAACUAAGGAAGAAACAAAAUGUAGUUUCGUCCCACACUCCUGUUGCGGCUUUUGCUGGUUUAGCACUUUUAACCGUCCCUUUAGGUCUCUACUUAUGUAAAUUGAAGAAAGCCAACUCAAAAAGCGACCUCGGGCAUGGCGGGUUCGGGGUCGUUUACAAGGGCCAGUUAGACGAUGGCACAAAAAUAGCAGUCAAAAGAAUGGAAUCUAGUGCGAUUUGCAACAAAGCAUUAGAUGAAUUUAAAUCCAAAAUUUCAGUUUUAACAGAGGUUAGACACAGACAUUUGGUGUUACUUUUAGGGUAUUCAACUCAAAAGCUCAAAAGAAUUCUUGUUUAUGAAUAUAUGCCUCAAGGUGAAUUAAGUAGGCAUCUAUUUCAUUGGAAAAACUUCAAAUUAGAACCACUUUCUUGGAAAAGGAGGUUAAGUAUUUCAUUGGAUGUGGCUAGAGGUAUAGAAUAUCUUCAAUCUUUGGCUCAUCAGAGCUUUAUAUAUCGGGAUCUUAAAUCGUCCAAUAUUUUACUUAGCGAUGAUUUUCGAGCCAAAGUUUCGGACUUUGGACCGGUGAAACUCGUCCCGGAUGGUGGGAAGUCAAUAAUGACUCAGGUAGCUCGGACGUUUGGAUACGUUGCCCCUAAAUAUCCUAAGUACAAUCCCUCCAUGAAACUUGUUUUAAGUGGGAACCCACUAUUUCAAUCAAACUCAUCGAAAAUUCCUCCAAAACCCAGUUCACCCUCCGGUUCCCAGCCAGACAGCAGCAGCCAACUUUCACCUGGAAUUACUCCUAGUACUGGUAAUUCGGGCAUUGGUGGUGUUCCCGCUAUACAGCUAAAGAAGAAACCAAAUGUAGUUCCGUCCCUCACUCCUGUUGCGGCUUUUGCUGGUUUAGCGCUUUUAACUGUCUCUUUAGGUCUGUAG